CUGCGCACUGCUGCUCCAUCAGUGUGGUUCAGCCGCUGUUCUGUCCUGCUGCUCCGUCUACUUUUUAAUUAUAAAUCAUGUAUUUUUAAAUAGAUUAUAGAUUAAUAAAUGUUUCAGAUCGGAUCAGUAAAAAUCUGAGAGCACAGAAUAAACGGUAGUGGAGCAGAAACACUUAUUUUUAUUGUGUAUCUGCUUUUAAAUUUCAGUCAUUGUGGGAAAAAAACUGGUCAUUGGACCAAAUUAAUUAGCGUUUAUCUUUUAUUUUAAAUGUUUGUUCCGGAAUCGCAGUGAGACCAGAAACUAUCUUUAUGUUGUGAAGAAAACUUGUUUGAAUCCAACUUUUCUCUGAGGUAAAAAGAAUGCUAAGCUAAUUGGUAUUUAGCGAUAGCUAGCUUAGCAUGCUAACGUCUGUCCUGAGGGAAAGCGCUCGGAUUCGGCUACUUUCUCACCGCGAUGCUUCUGACCUGACUGGAUUUAAACAUCUCCUCAUAAAGAGAAAGAACACAAAGGUUUUUGAGCUGUUGAUUUCUUCACCGUUGUUGGAUGUCUGUUCAUCUGCUGACUGAGAUCAUAAAUGAGAAGUGCCUGAGGUGGUAGUGUGAGUGUGUGAGUGUGUGUGUGUGUGUGUGUGUGUGUGUGUAUAUGAGUAAGAGGAUGAGCUCUAAGCGCAGUCUGUUCGUGCGGUUGGUGCCGUGCCGGUGUUUGCGUGGUGAGGAGGAGACGGUCACCUCUCUAGACUAUAGCCACUGCAGCCUGGAGCAGGUUCCAAAAGAGAUCUUCAGCUUCGAGAAGACCCUGGAGGAGCUCUAUCUGGAUGCCAACCAGAUUGAAGAGCUCCCCAAGCAACUGUUUAACUGUCAGUUACUGCACCGACUCAGUCUGCCCGACAACGACCUGAGUGUACUGCCCCCUGCCAUCGCUAACCUCAUUAACCUUCGAGAGCUCGAUGUCAGCAAGAACAGUAUACAAGAGUUUCCUGAAAAUAUUAAGAACUGUAAGGUCCUGGCCAUUGUUGAAGCGAGUGUGAACCCCAUUUCUAAGCUUCCUGAAGGUUUCACACAGCUGCUCAGUCUAACGCAGCUGUACUUGAAUGAUGCCUUUCUCGAGUUCCUACCAGCGAGCUUUGGCAGACUGACAAAGUUGCAGAUUCUGGAGCUGAGAGAGAAUCAGUUAAAGAUGCUGCCAAAGAGCAUGCAUAAGCUGAUGCAGCUGGAACGGCUGGACCUGGGGAGUAAUGAGUUCAGUGAAGUGCCGGAGGUGUUGGAGCAGCUCACAGGCAUUAAGGAGCUGUGGAUGGAUGGGAACAAGCUGACAGUUUUACCCCCGAUGAUUGGGAUGCUGAAGCAGCUUAAAUAUCUGGACGUGUCUAAGAACAACCUGGAGAUGGUUGACGAGCAGAUCAGUGGCUGUGAGAACCUGCAGGACCUACUGCUGUCCAACAAUGCUCUUACACAGCUGCCCAGCUCUAUAGGCUCUCUGAAGAAGCUGACUGCUCUGAAGGUGGAUGAGAAUCAACUUGUGUGUUUGCCAGAGUCGUUAGGCGGGCUCACAGCACUAGACGAGUUGGACUGCAGCUUUAAUGAGAUCGAGUCUCUCCCUGCUUCUGUGGGAAAUUGUGUGAACCUGCGCACCUUUGCCGCUGACCAUAACUUCCUCGCCCAGCUGCCUCCUGAGGUCGGCUGCUGGAAGAAUGUCACUGUGCUGUUUCUGCACUCCAAUAAACUGGAGUCUCUGCCUGAGGAGAUGGGAGACAUGCAGAAGCUCAAGGUCAUCAAUCUGAGCGACAACAAGUUGAAGAAUCUUCCUUACAGCUUUACCAAGUUAAAUCAGAUCACUGCUAUGUGGCUCUCAGAGAACCAGUCCAAACCCCUGAUCCCACUACAGAAGGAGGAGGAACCUGACACACACACAACUGUUCUCACCAACUAUAUGUUCCCCCAGCAGAGCCGAACAGAGGAGUACUCUCAGAACUCAGACAGUGAGAGCUUUAACCCGACCCUGUGGGAAGAACAGCGUAAACAGCGAGCGCAAGUGGCCUUCGAGUGUGAUGAAGACAAGGAUGAGAGAGAGGCUCCAUCAAGGGAAGGGAAUCUACGGCGUUACCCCACACCGUACCCUGACGAGCUGAAGAGCAUGGUGAAAACAGCGCAGUCUGUCGCUCACCGCCUCAAAGAGGAUGAAUCUGGAGACGAGACGGCUGGAGAGAGGAACCACAUUGGAGUGCAGAGUGUAGGAGUGAAGGUCAUUGACUCUCUGUGUACCAACGGUAAAGCACUUGAGCCGGAGUCCAAGGCUCCAGUCCAGAAUUUCACUCCACCUGAGUUGAAAGAUGUUCCAGAUAACUGUGACACGGAGUGGGUCCCACUGAAGAGCUCAGAGAGCACAGGACCCACUAACUACGAGGACACACUUGAGGAAUCAGAGGAGCUGUCAUCUGAUGAAGAGGAGAUGAAGAUCGCAGAGAUGAGACCUCCUCUUAUUGAGAUCUCCAUCAACCAGCCCAAAGUGGUGGCCCUCAGCAAGGACAAGAAGGAUGACAGUAAAGACGCAGACUCAUUGCUGGACGAGACGGUGGCCAACAGUAACCAGAACAAUAGUAACUGUUCCUCACCAUCCCGCAUGUCUGACUCGGUGUCUUUAACCACAGACAGCAGCCAGGACAACUCACUGUGUACUCCUGAGAGAGAGACCAAGAUCCCUCUCAUCCCCAAGAACAGGCACGAGGAUGAGAACCUGAAUCAGCUGAAGGAGACCGUUCCACUUCUGCAGAACUGUAAUGGCUCAGAUACCUCGCUGCAGACUGUGCUGAAGAACCAGCACACCUACGAGAGCAAAACAGGUACCAACAUGUCCGACUACGAACUUUCCAUGGAGGAGAAGCUGGCGCUCAUUGAGAAGGACAUUAACAACGGUGUGUCCGAGCCCUACAGCAAGUGGGAUCAGAUCAACAUGAACGUCUCUUAUGAAAACAUGGAAAAGACCAAGAGCACUUCCACGGGGGAGACGAUGCUCAGCAGCAACAACAACACCAGCUCUGUGGAGAACUUUAACAGUGGGAACCAGAACAUCAAAACACAGCUGGGGGAAGGCAUGACUAAGCACGAAGUUGUCCGAAUGGUUAUGGUGUCCAGCGACAUGUCUCUGUCUCGCAGCACGGAGGAACUGACUCCUGAGAAGAGAUGUCCUCCAGCAACCGUGAUAAAAUCUCAGAGCGUCAGCAACAUGGAGGUUGGUGGAAUGAAGCUGUACUCCAUGGAAGGUGAGGUUCCUCCGUACGAGUGUGUAGUGGGUUCUCCGGCUGUCCCGGGCCCCCAGUGCCAGAGCAUUGUUCGUUCCAAAUCAGCCUCGCUGCUUGAUGAACAGCCGCUGCAGGUCCACCCUGGUUCCUCGGGUUCCUCCUCUGACCUUCUGAACUCCAGCUCCAGAGUUCCGGCUCGUUACCCAGUUGCCCCCCCACCUCAGUAUAAUGUCCAGUAUGCAAGCAGCACUGUGCCUAAAGAGAACUUCUGGUGCCAGCGUACCCCAGUGCCCCCUGAUCAGCCCUACCUCCCUCCUCAGCUCUCCUUUGCAAACACCAACUUCUCCAAUCGCAACAAUGCGCCUCCAUACCCCCACCAGCCUCAGCAGCGUGGCCCACCCAAAACACCGGAUAUGUGGGCCAAGGAUCGCAUUCUGCCCCCCGGUGUACAGAGAAACCCUCUGCAGAGGCAGAGCAGCACCUCCUCUAAUGCAUCUAUGGUGAUGGUGGAACCUCGCCGUGUCCCUGGCCCUGACGGUGAAUACAUGAGCUACAGAGAGAUCCACAGUAUGCCCCGAGCUCCUCUACAGAUGAAUCUCCAGAGACCCCUUUCAGCCCGCACCUACAGCGUGGAUGAGGGGAACGCACCACGCCCACACAGCACCCGUCCACCACCACAUGAGCUCCCUGAGAGAACCAUGUCUGUCUGCGACUUCAGCUACCAGCAAGGCAGCCCAAGCAAGCGGCCCAACGUUCGGGUGAAAUCUGAGCACUCGCUGCUGGAUGGAGCUCCUGGUGGAGGUGGCAGGGUGCCGGCUGACUGGAGAGACCAGGUUAUGAGGCACAUUGAGUCCAAGAAGAUGGAGAAGAUGACCAUGCUGUCUCGGUCUUUGGUCACUCUCUGUGGUAGUCAGAGCUCUCUGGCCCUGAGCGCUGUAGAUGGACGGCAGCUUGGAGUCCACAGGCCGAGAGAUGAGAGUUUUGGACCUUAUGGACAACAGGGUUACACCAUCGACUCACACAGAAAAGUGCCUUUGAUGAAUGGUCAGAUGUGUGUUCCUCCUCCUGCUCCCCUCCGCUCUCAGAUGAACUGUACUCAGGUACCGAUGGCUCGUCAUCCUUCCCGAGAGCAGCUCAUCGACUAUCUGAUGCUCAAAGUGUCCCAGCAGCCCCCGUGUCCCCCCCGCCACCCCCACGACAGCCUGCCACAUGAGAUGCACGUAAAAAUCGAGAAGAAUCCUGAGCUGGGCUUCAGUAUAUCAGGAGGUGUGGGAGGACGAGGGAAUCCGUUCCACCCUGACGAUAACGGGAUAUUUGUAACAAGAGUUCAGCCUGAGGGACCUGCUUCUAAACUCCUCCAACCAGGAGACAAGAUCAUCCAGGCAAAUGGUUACAACUUUGUUAACAUUGAUCAUGGGUACGCCGUGUCCCUCCUGAAGAACUUUCUCAGCACGGUGGACCUGGUCAUCAUCAGAGACAUGGCAGCGUAGAGACUCCACAGGACCCGAGAUGUAUGAACGUACACUUUUAUUUUCGUACAAGGAGGAGGAGUCAUGUACAGCUGAACUGUUUUUAAUGGAAGGAUGUGAGAGUUGUUAUGAAACGGGGAGAAACCACUGCUGCGUGGGGGCGGAGUCUCUGCACCAGCUUCGACUGUGGGAGAAACAACACGCACGACUAAACUGUGCAUUUUGUACACAUUUUUAAUCAUUCACCAUAGAGUACAAGGAGAUGACCAGCAGGGGGCGGGGCUCUCUGUGUGCUGACAUCAGCAUGCCUUUAUUUUUAUUUUUAAAUAACAUUUUGUUUCCUUUGUAUUUUUUCUUAUUUAAGACAGUUUUCUGACCUGUGGAGCUGUUGAUCUGGAGGUUUAUGCUACGUGCUGAGAGCAGAUUCUGAAUGUAGAACAGGUUUGCUUUAAGGAAUCUUUAACCACAUCCACACAUCAUCAAUAGGACAUUGUCACGGCUCUCGAGCCUCUCUCUGCUCCAUUAGAACCAAACUGUUCUAUAAAGAACCUCUACCUGAAAUGUGCAUGAGAUGUGGUGAAGAGCAACUGAGGAGAAGGAGAAGUUCUGAAGGAUGAAAGAGUGCAGAGAUAUUUAAUUGGUCUCACACCUAAAGGGCUUCCUCUGAAGAUGAGUGAUUUUCCUCAUCUUUAAUCAAUUCAUACCCACCGCUAAGGCCACACCCACCACUAAGGCCACACCCACCACUAAGACCACACCCACCACUCCGACAUUUUAUUUCUGAUCUCGACUCUGUGAUCGCUGAACUUUUGGUUCAGUAGUUGCAGCGUUGAGUCACUUGUGGUGCGGUGAACACAGACGGGCGAUUGAGGAGGACCUGGACGCUGCCAGCUGACCUCGACAAGUCUGUAUGAGAGAAAGCUUGUGACCUUCUUUUGACUUUUCAUGAGAGCAAUAGCAAGACUUCACUUUCAGAAAUAAGGUUUAUCAGAGUGCAUUUAAGAAAAAAAAUAACGAGGAAUUCUUUUAGUACUGCAUUUUUUUGUGAUAGAAUUUUAUACUGUAAACUUUUAGACAAAAUAGGAAACAGCAUUUUUGAAUAUUUUGCAAAGCUGUUCUCAAGUCUGUGUGUGGUUUAAUACUGUAAAAGAGAAAGCCUGAUACCCUGAAUGGCUCCAUGGUCCAUGUCAGUGAGCUCUGCACCCUGCUGAUGGGUAAACUCUGAUCCUGAGAUCUGAACCAUGACAGUGGAGCUGAAAGGCUUACAAGAGACUUUUAGUUUGUUUCCUGCUCUGUAUGUACACAAAAAAAGUGAAUGUUGUUCUGUGUGAAAUUCCUGCAUGAAAUCACUCCUGCGCUGAUUUUUAUUCUGGAUGUAAAUCGUCAUGGUUCUGAAGCUCUACACGGACGGAUUUAAGGCCAAAUUCACUUCAUGGUGUGUGGAUUAAAAUACAGAGUUAAACACUGACGAUCGUCGUCUCUGUAGUGAAGUCGGUUCAGACGACUCGGUGUCAGACGACUUUAAUUUAGACUCGUCACGACGUCCGUUUACACACGAAGAUGUAACUCUGUAAAAGAAGAGAAUCCUGUUCUUCUCCCUCCGUCUGCUGGGCCGUGAGGAAUCCUGUCCUCUCACACUCGUUUUUCCACGUGGAUGAAUUAAAUAAACACCCUGUGAUUAUUGUACAUUUUAUCACCAAUUAAAUCUGACAUAAAUAACAUGACAAUCUGGAGAUCAAAUUGAAAUCUUUAUCACUUAAAAAGUACAACUCGAAUGUUUGAGCUCUCCUGAAUUUGUCUAUUUAUUUUGUGCUUUAGAAACUGUUCAUGAGAUUCCUUUGUGUUUCGUCACAGCAUUACUGACCUUUUAGUUUGUAAAGACCAGCAAUAAAUCCCACCACAGCGGCGGUUUUAAAAUGGAUAGCGAUUUUAACGCUUUCUCUGGAAGCAGCUACGUGAAGAUGAUCGCUAUGCAUUUAUUCUACAUUCCAGAUUUUGUACAUAAUUUUAGGUUUCAUGGUAUCCUGUGGAAAUAAAAAAUAAACCGACGGUCUUUUACAAA